ACAUAGCUGUGAUGUAUUGAUGUGAGAAGGGAAGAAGAUUCAAAUUACUUAUUUGUCCCCAAUUUUAUUGCUGAAAUUACCUUACAUAGUUGGUAUAUGAUUGACUUGUACUUUCUCGAUUGUCGCCACUCCAUUCCUCCGGGCCUAAGCUAUUCUCUUCCUCCGACAACUUUCCCAGAGCAACACCGCGGCAUCCUCUUUUAUCGGCGCCAUUCCUCUUACACUGUCCAAUUCUCCCAGUAAUUCAUUAAUGCGCAUAAUUUCUUCUUCAAUUACUCUCCCAUGGAAGCAUACGCUCCCUUGCUAGUGCGAACUAGGGUGCCCCAACCCUCACUUCAACGCUACGCUGUUAUUCAAAUUUUCGAAAAACUCCGUUCAACACCUUCAAUCGUGAACCCUAAUUCAGACCCAGAAAGAGAGGCUAUUACUCAGUGCCUUCAAUCCUCUUCACUUGCUGUAGUUGAUCAAUCAGUGCGCGAGCUUUGUCGCCUCGUCAAGGACUCCAAAUUAGACCAUUCUUUCGCCCUUCUUGAGCUUCAAUCUGCUCUUGAAGGUUGCCCGCCUCGCUUCGUCAAUGUCUUUGUUAAAGGAAUUGGGUUUCUUGUUCGUUUCGGGUUUCGUACUAGGGGGUUUGUUUCAGAAAAUUUUGUUCAUGCCCCAGAGAAUCAUCCAUUUGUUAAGGUUUUAACAUGCCGUUCAGAGUCACAAAAUGAACUUGUGCAACAAGUUGUAUUGUUUGUGGUGCAUGGCAAGCAAAAUGGAAUUGGUGAAGUCUGUGACUACUUGAGGCCUCUGUUAACCUUCUCUGUUGUGGUGUCAUGCUCUUCAGAUUCGUCAUUGUCCUCAUUCUUGAGUCUUGUGAUUUAUUCGUUGAUGUCUCUUUGUUGCUCCUUACUUCAUGAGGCGAGUCCCCUUUUGGAGAUGCUGAUUGAUUGUUUGAGAUGCUUUAGCCUUAGAGGUGCUGAGGAUAUUGGGAAAGUUGUCAUUUUUGCUGAAUUAUUAGUGGAUGCGCACGGUGUAGUUUUGCAGCACUUAGUUAAGAUUGGAUCUAUGGUUACCGAAGCUCAAUUAAUUGGGGUGAAACUGUUGGACGCUCUUCUCACAUUGUGCUUGGAGUUUGAAACACGUAGUAUUGAAAGCAAGCCUGUCCUUGAACUAUCAAGGAGACUUUUGAGUUUCCAGAAAGAGCUUAAAUUGCACUAUCUCCCUCAACUUUUCUCUCCUAUGUUAUCUCUCUUUGUGCUUCUAGCUCAAUUGGAACUUGAAGAUGAAAAGUUAUAUGUCCUUGAUCUCCUAGCAUACAUCCUCAAGUGGAGAAUUCAUGAUGAGAAUGUUAUGGCUGGAGCUGUAUGUAACCCAUGGGAAGUGUCUUUGUUCUCUUUUCCUAUCAUCAGCUUGAUGUCGUCUCCUUCAAACACUGUGAAACAAGCAGCAUCUCAGUUUCUUUUGAUGUUGGAAAAGCUCCUUGUAAGUCGUUCAACCUCGUUGAAGGACGAACUAUCUAUUCAAAGGGAAUCUUUGUUUGUAAGCAAGCUUGAAAUGACCAUCUUUAGGCUUCUGAGGCAUUUAUGGCUUCAGGAUUUACCCCCCUGUUCUUUCUUUCUAAAUAUUUAUUCUGCCUAUGGAAAUAGAAUUUAUGAGAAUGGAUCAAAAUCUUGGCUAUCUCAUCUAGGAAAAUAUGCUUUGUCUAUUGCUGAGAGACACAAGUCCUCUGACCUCAUAUCAUCAUCUCACGAAGUCGUAUCAACUGAGGUACCUUUUGUGCUGGGUGCGCUUGCUGGAAGUCUGGUUGUAAAUCAAUCUUUGGGAAGCAGUGCUAUAGAAACAUUAGCUGCUCUCAGCAAUAUGGAGCCCAAACUUGGUGUUUCACUGCUGCUAGCUGUGUUGUACUAUUGCAAUUUAAUAAGGUCAAACAUCAAAGAAUGUAACGAAUGGCUAUUGAAACUUUUGACAAUGCUAUCUGUACUUGCUUCAAACUCCUCAAUGCUACCAUUGAUAUUCCAAACAAUCCUACCAAUGCUUCAGAAGGAUUCAAAUCCGGUCUUGUAUGCAACUGCACUUCGUUUGCUUUGUAAGGCGUGGGAGAUUAAUGAUAGGGUCUUCGGGAGCUUGCGUAGCUUCCUGCUGCCGGAAUGUUUUGUGGAAUUCAGAUUUGAUGAAACUAUUUCUAUAAGUAUGGCUGCUUCUCUUCGGGAUGUUUGCAGAAGAAAUCCAGAAAGGGGUGUACAGCUGAUUCUAUCUGUAGCAGCGUGCAUUGAGUCCAGUGGUUCCAUAAUUCGAGCUCUGGGAUUUCAAAGCAUUGGCUACCUUUGUGAAGCUGACGUAGUUGAUUUCUAUACGGCAUGGAAUGUUAUCGCAAAAUAUGGACUAGAGUAUUCCACGGAUCCCGUACUUGCUUAUAGCUUAUGUUCAUUCUUGAGAUGGGGUGCUAUGGAUGCUGAAGCUUAUGCGGAAGCCUCAGUUACUAUCUUGCAAAUUCUAUGGGACAUUGGAAGCUCUAAUUGCUAUAAUGUAAAUCCCCUUUGGAUAAAGGCUAGGGUAACUGCUAUCAAGGCUUUAAGUUGUUUUGAGGUACUGCAUUUUGAUAGGAGCAUCCCGGAUUUUAGAGAUAAGGCAAAGGAGCUGUUGAUUCAUGAGACUGAUAUUCAUGUACUCCAAGUGAUUAAAGAACUUGAGACCAAGAUUAUAGCAUAUGAGCAUAGUACUAGGCAAAGGUUUGUUAAGAAAAGUAGGGCUCCAAGAAGCAAAAUUGAGAAGCUUUUAGAAGUAUUUCCUCGUGUCAUUUGCUCUUCAGAAAAAAGUUAUGCUGCAAGAAUGAUACCUGGUACGGCUCUCUUUCAACUUCAGUCCAGUCAAAAAGAUGCUAACUAUGAGAAAUCAGAAAUUGCAGAUGAUGUAUUUGCUAAAUAUCACAACAUGCUAAAGGAAGUUGCUGCGUCUCUUACUCUGUCAAGAAAUAUUUUUAUUGCUCUACUUUCAUUGCAAUCAUGGAAAUCCUUUAUGCAAAAUUGGCUGCACAAAUAUACAUCAGUACUUGUUGUUAAAGCAUCAACCAGUCCAUUGGAUAAAAUAUCAAAGGCUGCCAAUAAUAUUCUAAAGUGCAUGAUAAAGGUCGCUGAAGAUUCAAUGCCUAGGGUGGCUGAGAACAUUGCCCUUGCCGUAGGUGCAUUUUGUAUGAUUUUGCCUGCGUCUGUUCAUCAUGUUAAAGUCCUGGCUUCAAAGUUCCUUUUGGACUGGCUUUUCCAGUAUGAACAUGAGCAUCGUCAGUGGUCAGCUGCAAUUUCUAUUGGUGUAAUUUCAACUUGUCUGCAUUCAACUGAUCGUCAACAAAAAUUCCAAUGUGUUAAUGGGCUUAUUGAGGUGGUAUGUGAAAGCAGAAAUAUCCUUGUUAAAGGGGCUUGUGGUAUUGGCUUGGGAUAUUCAUGUCAAGACCUUCUUACCAGGGAUGUUACUGCUGAUAAUGCAUUGGAUCAGGCUAGCUUUGUACUGCAGGAGAAAGCUCUUUUGGGAAAGAUUGUCAGGACACUAUCUUUGAGAGUAUGGAAACUUACUCAAAUUUCUUCUGAUCUUCUGGUGAGCCUUUCUAAAUAUAAGGCCCCUGGUUUAGAGGAUGAUGACACUAAGGCAACAUCUCCACUGAUGGUUAAAAGAGACGAGGAUGUGGGGGAUGAUCUAUGGGGUGUUACUGGACUUGUCAUGGGUUUGGGUAUGUCUAUUAGUGCACUUUCCAGAGCUGGGUCAUACGAUGCUAUGUGCAGUAUAAAAAUUUUGCUCACAUCCUGGAUUGCCCAAGCGGACUUCAUACUUACAGAAUCUACUACUGGAUGUCAAAGUUCUGAUAUGCUGUUAACUACUGGAGCAUGUCUAGUACUUCCAAUUGUUGCUUCAGUUUGUCGGAGACUGGAAAAGAUGCACGAUAAUGAAUUAAGCGACUUGCUUUUUUGCUAUGAAAACCUCAUUUCAAAGAUUCAAAUGGAGAAAACAUGUAACAUCUUACAUCACAAUCAGCUGAUGGCAGCAUGUGUUGGUGCAGGGUCUCUAAUUUCAUUUAUUUUGGAUGAAGGAUUAGUUUUGUUGGAUGUUCAUCAAGUUAAAAACUUGCUUGGUGAAUUUAAAAAAAUAUACUCUGAUACCUAUCCUCACCUUGUUCAUCUUGGUGCAUUCCUUGGAGUGGUAAAUGCAAUGGGUGCUGAUACAGGGAGUAAAACUGAUCAUCGUUCUCCUGAAAUUGUUCCCGUCACUUUCUCUGAGGGAAGGGAAUCCUCCCGCAUCAAUGCCCCUCUACUGUCAAGUUCUUGCUUUGCAGAAGAACUAUUAGCAUUAAUACAAGAUAUAUUUCUUGUUGCGCAAGAUUCAUCUGACAGCCAACUACAGGCAUAUGCAUCAUGGGCAAUGUCAUUUCUUCAUCAGCAUCUCUGCUCAGAAGAAGACAAGGAUGAAAAUAUAAGCUCGUUGCCUAAUAAUCAAAGCUUUUCCAAGGAUGCAACUGUUAUGCAGCUCUCUACAUGGCUAAUGCAAUUAGACUAUUCCAAAGAUACCCCACAUGUCAACACAGUUGCUGCUGUUCUGAGGUGUCUUUCUAGUGCCCCCAGAUUGCCCAAGCUUGAUUGGGGAGCAGUUAUCAGGCGUUGUAUGAAAUACGAGGCUCAUAUUUCUGAGUUCUUACCCCAAGAUACAUCUUCUGUGAAGAGUAGCCUGCGCAAAGAAUGUGUGCUUUUCUCACUAGCUCAUGCGAAUAAAAUUGAUCCGCUACUUUCUUUCCUUGAUGAAUUGACUAGUUUGUUCAGGUUCAGGACGCUUGAUCUCAUUACACAGUCCUGUCUUCUCUUUCAUCUAUUGAACCUGACAAGAAUAUUCUCCAGUUCAAGAACUAAAAUGUUACUGGAAGACAUCUCUGAAUUCCUGUCAUCUCUUUUUUCUUCAUACCGAAAUUAUAAUGUGAAGCAGAAAAGGUUUUUGCUGCUCGCCUGCUGGAAAGGACUCUCAAAUUGUUUUGAUGAAGAUUCUCUUGAUACUUCUGAAUACCUUUCUGGGAUGGAGAAGUGCAUGGAGAUUCUUUUUGCAUCAUUGCCUGCUCAACCAACUGCCUUUUCAGAACUUGAAUUGAUGCCUACCCUGGAAUGGAAUGAAGCAAUUGUAUGCUUGGGCAAGGCUAGAAAAGCUUGGUUGUUGGAUCUAUUACAGGUUUCCACUGUCACUCUAGUCUCAAGAGAUGAUUAUUUUGGAGCAAUGCUUAAGAAGAUGCUAGCGAUAACCCAGCUUGUGAAACUUGGAUCCCUUCCAUUGACUGAGCUUGCAAAGCUAAAGUCUUACAUGUUAAACGCGCCAUCACAAGGCAUGUGGAAGUUGUUUGUUGAAAUUACGGCAGUGAUACAGGCUGCAGAAGGAAGUAUCAAGAGACAAUGGGUCAUUAGUGUUCUGGAAAUAAGCUGUAUAACAAAAUAUCCGUCAACGGCACUGCAGUUUCUUGGUCUGAUCUCUGGUUGCUUCUGCAAAUACAUGCCAUUGCUCGUUCUAGAUCCACAAGCUGUGCUAGUUGACCUACCAGUCACUCUUUCAUCUCUUCUUUCAAGUAUCAAGUGGGGAGGGGUUGCUGAUGCUGCAGUUUCAUGCCUCUGGACGUUAACUGUGCGUAUCUACAGCUGGGCUAAGACCUUUACAUGCAUUGAUGAAUCACUCAAUUUAGAUAUCGACCCAAGUGAAGCUGAAAUGUCAAACUUGCUAAUGCAGGUGCUAUUGGAUGCUUGCCAUAAUUUAAAAGAGUUUUUGCCUUUAAAAAAUCAGCUUAUGCUGGCAAACAUGGUUAUGUGCUGACAUUUGCUUCUUUGAGUGACAUGAUUUUAACACCAUGUUUGUGGUUUUUAACAUUAAUGUAAUUUCUUUUCUUCUCCUUUAUCUUCCUUAACAAUGUAUUCGAUCUUUUGAAUUUGUAGCACUUCAUGUUAAAAUCGUCAAAUGGCACAAAAAACCAGGUGGAGUCUACUCUGGGUAAUAGGUUAAGGAUACAAUUAAAAGGAAAUUAGAUUUGAA